AUGAAUCUCGAUCAACAUUUACACCUCAUAAAAACAUCCAACAUGAUGGCACACCAACAUGAAUUUAAAUAUAAAAAUUAUAUUAAUAAUCAAUUAAGAUCACAACAAUCAUUUAAUCAUUGUACAAAAUGUGGUCAACAAACUCACCAAACCAUUGAUUGUUUUCAUAAACAGACAACCGGAUGUUUUAAUUGUCGUCAAAAUUAUACUAUUCGUGAUUAUUUUCUUAAAAUCAUUCAUCACAACAAUUUAACUUAUCAAACCAGAACAUGUCAAACAGCAAAUUCAGCAUCACUUACUAUUAUCGGUCAAAUUGAAUUAGAAAUAAAAAUUAACUAUAUAACAGCUUCGGUCAUUACUGACGUCGCGACAAAUUUAAUUACAUCAAUUCUUUUAUGUAAUGAUUGGAUUAAUUCAAAUCAUGUACAUGUUUUUGGCAACCAGAAAAAAUUAACAAUUCCUAAUAAACACGGUCAAUUAAUUUCAAUCCCGUAUGUAGAACCUAUCGAAAUUAAUUAUCCAGCAUUAUUAGUCAACCAAAUUACUCUUCCUUCAUAUUCACAAACAUUAGUUGAUAUUGCAUGUAAAGUUAAUGAUGCUAAUGAUUUUAUAUUUGAACCAUAUCAACGUCAUAUAUCAAAGUUUAUUUUCAUACCACAUACGUUAUUGAACAUUACUAAGCAUCAAGCCAAGGUACUACUUAUAAAUGCUCAAGAUCGACAACAAAUAUUAUCAAGAAAUACAUGA